UAAAUAAACGGCGACAGCCCGCGAGCGGACAGCACUCGCGAAGGCGGUCUCGUCACGGUCUCGCUCGCACGGAGAGUCGUCGGAGUGACACACGGUGUCGGCUGUGUUUUCGCGGCCUCGCUCCCUCUUCCCCUCUCUCGCACCCCCGUCGGUGUCCUUCAACCGAGGAUGUCGUCGCCAACGCAAGUGAUAAAAAGCGUUGGGCCAAAGCUGGUGCCGUUCUUUAAGAGCGUGUCUGUAUAUUUUGUAUUACUUGCCGAGCAGCCAUCUCUGCUGACGGCGUGUUUCAAAUGCUUACCGAUAAUAAGUCUCAUCAUUUUCGUUCUGUUACAUGGGAUUAGUUUGUCUAAAGAAUAUACCUUCUCCAGACGCAUAUUAACGGGCUUAGUGUUUAGUUGCUUAGGUGACGCACUAUUAGUGUGGCCUAAUUGCUUCACCGCGGGAAUGUGUAUGUUUGCCGUUGCGCAAAUUAUGUAUAUAUUUGCAUUUGGAUUCAAACCCCUCAAUUUAACGCUCGGGGCGAUACUGUAUAUGGCUUGUGCAGUUGUCAUAUAUGCACUGAUGCCUGGAUUGGACGGGGUUUUAAAAAUAGGAGUGCCAAUUUAUACAGUAUUACUUAUCACUAUGGCAUGGAGGGCCAUAUCGAGAGUACAAUUCUUUGGGGAAUUAUGGACAUGGACUAAAUUGUGCAGUUGCAUCGGAAGCAUUUGCUUCGUCAUAUCUGAUACCUUGCUCGGAUUUCAUUAUUUUCACAGUCCAUUACCUUAUUCUCAGGUAUCCAUUAUGUUGACAUACUAUGCGGCGCAAUUAGGCAUAGCACUGAGUGCGGUAGAUUCGAAAAACAACAGUAAUAACAGAGUACCUGCCAGUAAAGGCUGAAAUAUUUAUUCCUAAUCGUUACUCGAACAAACUUAUCUGCAGAUACAAAGGCGUAUAUGGAAGAGAUCUUUUUACACGUCUGCUUUGAACUAUGUGCAUAAUUCCAGUAGGAAAUCGUUGUGAUAAUCGUCUUUGACAUGUUGAAUAUUUCAAAGCCAUAUUAUUGAAUGAGACUCGUAGAGGGUUUCAGUGAUAGGAUGUUGUACCUUCAACUGUAGAAAUAGACUUAUAUUUCUUUUUCUACUAUUAAUGCAAUGCAAAGAAGUGUCCUAUAGAGAUUUCAUACCAGCCACAUCUGUGGUUUCCUAUUUUUUGUAUAUGUAUAAGACAAGUGGUUAUUAAAAAAACUAUUAUACUAUUAUUAAGGAUAGGCAUAAUGGAAGAGAACGUUAGUACUCUAAGAAAGAUACUUUCGUAGCGGAAACUUCGUUGUUGUUUUCAUCAAAGAAAGAAACUUGUGUUGUAGUGUUGGGACAUAUCGCUAGAUCGAGACUUUUCCAAUGUAAAAAGAAGGUACGUUACAUUGUUAGCACUAGGGUACAAUUACAUUUGUCGCGCGACAAAGUUUUUUAAGCGUGUUAAUUGACUGCGGAAUAGAAAAUUUCUAGAGACUCGAGAAGUUUUUUAUUCUGCGGCCAAUCAACACGCUCGAAAAAUGCGUCGUACGACAAAUGUAAUACUAGCCUUGAGCGUUUCUUGUGCGUAAAAAGUUCAACAAAUUAUAUAAAAUUGAUUAUUUUUCAUAUACAUUCGGGCCAAAAUGCAAUAGCUUACCUGCGAUAUAUCGCAUAUGAGGAAUAUAUUGUCUCUUGUAAGAAAAGUUACUGUUGUGUAUAUAUAUAUAUCAUGUAUGAUCUAUACUUGUUGUCAGUGUACCAUCCUUCAAUGUAAAUUAUCAUCUUGCGGAGAACAAGUCGCAAUAUAUAGGUGUAAAUUGUACUAUAGAAAUAUUUCUUACGUCAGUCUAUGUUAUGCGUUACUGUAUAAAUCAUGUUAUUAGACAAUAUGUUGUGUCUCUGUUAUAACAUGAAUCGUUAUUAACACUGCCAUUUUCUUUGGCAAGAUAAAAAUGACUAGAACAGA